CCUCAGUUAAAGUUUCAGUAUAUUGUAGUUAUGAAGUGAAAAAAUUUUAUAGCAAAGUAAAAGAAAAUCAUUUUCAUAUAAGAAAAAAGAAAAAGAAAAUAUGAUAAUAAUCUAAUAAGUAAAUUUGCCACAAUACUAAUAAUUCAACUACUACAUUUCAAAUUAGGUUAUUCAUUUUAGAAGCCAACAUUGCAGCUGGUGGUACAUCAUCAAUUUCACAAAAUAACAUAAAAAUAUCGAUGGCCUCCUCAUCGACGUCAUCAGCAGCAUCCCAUAGCAGCAACAGCAGUGGUGCAUCGGCAGCAGCAGCAACAACAUCAGCUACAACAAAUUCCAUUUCGUCGACAACAUCAUCAAUUGUUUCGACAUUAGCUCAACAUUUCAAUGCGGCCACAUCAGCAACACAACUCCUAACGACAGCAUCAUCAACACUUGGUUCAAAUAAUAAGUCUCCAGUUAGUGCCGCUACAGCUAUUAAAAACAUACUAAAUGCAACAAAAAAUGUGGGAAGUUCUGCGGCCAGUAGCAACAACAGCAGCGGCGGCGGCAGCGGUGGUGGCAAUUCAGCAGCGGGAAAUGCAAAUACCAACAGCGGUUUACAAUCAACAUCAUCAUCGUCUUCAUCAUCAUCAUCACCGCCAUCGGCAACGGCUUCAUUAUCCUCAUCGUCAUCAUCCACAUCCUCAUCAUCCGCUUCCUCAGCCACAGCGGCAGCUUCAUCGUCCAAUAGUUCAUCCAACAAUGGUUCUGUAACCCAAUCAAUAGUUAGCGGCAUAAGUAUAUCACUGGGUAUUGGUAAUGCUUCCUCGUCGGCAAAUAAUAAUGGCAAAACAGGUGGUGGUGCGGGUGUCUCACACCGAAACAAUGGCAAUGGAGCUGCAACAUCGGCUACACCCGUAUCGGCAGCAACAGCUGUUUCUCAAACAACCGCAAAGUCCUCUACAGCACCACCACCCACCCAACAAAAUAACCAGCAGCUGCAGCAACAGCAACAACAAAAUGGCCAUGACAAUGGAAGCUGUGGCAACAAUGAUCUAACUCCCACCAAUGGCCAAGCUAACGUCUCAUUAAACACCACACAAACAUUGCAACAAAUCACUGGCAGUCCCGGUAGAGCUAGAGAUCGUAAUGUCUUUCAUUCGCCAAAUUCAUCUACGGCUGCAGUGCAAUUACCAUUACUACGAGAAACUCCUGCCAAUGAACGCGAGGAAUUAUUCAUACAGAAACUAAGACAAUGUUGUACACUGUUCGAUUUUUCCGAACCGUUAAGCGACCUAAAAUGGAAGGAGGUUAAACGGACGGCUUUGCAUGAAAUGGUUGAGUAUUUGUCCAACCAAAAUAAUGUCAUUACCGAAGCAAUUUAUCCGGAAGCAAUAAAUAUGUUUGCUGUAAAUCUCUUUCGCACAUUACCGCCUUCUUCGAAUCCAAAUGGUGCCGAAUUUGAUCCCGAGGAAGAUGAGCCAACAUUGGAGUCAUCAUGGCCUCAUUUACAAUUUGUUUACGAGCUAUUUUUGCGUUUCCUAGAAUCGCCUGAUUUUCAACCCAACAUCGCCAGACGUUAUAUUGACCAUCAGUUUGUGUUGCAAUUGUUGGAUUUGUUCGAUUCGGAGGAUCCGAGAGAACGUGAUUUCCUAAAGACUGUUUUACAUCGUAUUUAUGGCAAAUUUUUGGGUUUGAGGGCAUUUAUACGCAAACAAAUCAAUAAUGUGUUUUACAGAUUCAUCUACGAAACUGAACAUCACAAUGGCAUUGCUGAACUUUUGGAAAUUUUGGGCAGUAUAAUCAAUGGUUUUGCUUUGCCUCUGAAAGAGGAACACAAACAGUUUUUGCUCAAAGUUCUGUUGCCAUUGCACAAGGCAAAAAGUCUAUCGGUUUAUCAUCCCCAGCUGACCUAUUGUGUGGUACAGUUUUUGGAAAAAGACCCCAGCCUGGCAGAACCAGUCAUUAAGAGCCUUUUAAAAUUCUGGCCCAAAACCCACAGCCCCAAGGAGGUAAUGUUCUUAAAUGAACUGGAAGAAUUGCUCGAUGUCAUUGAGCCGGCCGAGUUUCAAAAAGUCAUGGUUCCAUUAUUCCGACAAAUUGCCAAAUGCGUUUCAUCGCCCCACUUCCAGGUGGCCGAGCGGGCGCUCUACUAUUGGAACAACGAGUAUAUCAUGUCCCUAAUAUCGGACAAUUCUCAAGUCAUUUUACCCAUAAUGUUUCCUGCCUUGAAUCGUAAUUCGAAAACGCAUUGGAAUAAGACCAUCCAUGGCCUAAUUUAUAAUGCCCUGAAAUUGUUUAUGGAAAUGAAUCAACGUUUGUUUGAUGAGUGCAGUAAAAAUUAUCGCCAAGAAAAGCAAUUGGAACGUGAAAAAAUGUCUCAACGCGAAGGCCUUUGGCAACAGGUUGAAUCGAUGGCCAAAAGCAACCCAGAAUGGCAUAAACUAUGCGGUCAAAUGGACAAUUUAAGUAUUUCAAGUAGUCAAAAUGAUUACGAUGAUGAUAAUGAUAACUUAGAUCUUACCUACAAAUUGGAUUAUGAUGACCGACAACAGCAACAACAACAGCAGCAGCAACAACAACAGUCGCAACAAAUGCAAAACCAUAGUAUAGCACAGGAAAAUCGUGAGAAAUCGCCACGUAAUUUGGAUAAACCAUUGCUAAGACGAAAAUCUGAUUUGCCAGCUGAUAGCGGCAUUGUCCAUGCUCUAUUUGAGCACAAGAGGCCAGAUGAAUAUUUGAAAACUCCGCCAGAUGCAAAUGCGUGUUAAAUGCCAGCACACACAGCUUGGCAAAAGAGAAACAAAAAAACAUUUUUUUGAAACGUUAAAGACGGACGGCUGCUCUAGUGAAACAUGAAACCUAUUCCAAUUUUAUUACACCAAAAGACAUCUUCUGUUUUCUUAAAACAGCAGCAGAACGCAGGCGUUAGAGACAAACAAUACGUUGCAUAUUAAGCCAAAAUCAAUAACAUUCAACAGUAAAACAAAAAAGAAAAACAAACAAUGAUUAAACUUUAUUUUUUUUCUUCUAUAUAAGCAAUGCACUUAUAACACACCAACCACACACAUACACCGCCCAUCUCCCUUACACACAAAGAAUACAAUACAAAUUCCAUAUAUUAUUUUCAAUUUAUAUCAAUAUAACAAAUUAAAGAAUAUAUAAAUAUUUUUUUUUUAAAACAACAAUGGAAACAAAAUAUUUUAUUUUUAAUACAACCAAAAAAAAUGAAUUACAUAUUCAAUUAAAUACAUAGGUUAUAUUGUAUUUAAAAAAAAUCCAAUUGGUCAUAUUUUGGGUUAUGGACAACAGAACUUGCAGAAAUUCUAGACGGGAGUUUUUAAAAAUAUACCCACUUAAGGUUGAAGGUGAUUUUUUGAUCGAAACAUUUCUUUUUUAAUUGGAUUUAUAUAUUUCCAUCAUCAUUUAUUUGAAAGUAAAUCUGUUUACAUAGAUCAGUGUCACGGAAAUCAACUAGUUUCAAUGGCGUUGCCAACUGCUAAGUUUACCGUUUGUAACAGUCAAAUCUAUUCGUCAUUUUGAGAGCAGUACUCACUAUCAAACAAGUAGGAGACACAUAUUCAUUGGGGGAAUCAGCUUUAGUACAAUGGCGUUGCCAACUGAUAAGAGCACAUAUCACAGGAGACAAAUGCAUUUAUCAACUCAAGUGGUGUACACACCAUCGAUCAAGUUGGGCAUUCAACAAUUCUUAAGUUUUUUUGGCAUUCUAAAGAAGAAAUAAAGCUAUAUUUUUUAAGAACAAAAAUAAUGGGUUUUGACCAUAAUAAAUUAUACAUUAUGAAAUUGUAUUUGCCGAUUUUUUUUUUAAAUUUAUAUUUGUCCUAGAAGCAUGAUUUAAAAUGUUAUUAAUUUUUGCUCUACAUUUUUUUCUAAUAAUGCAUGUUAAAUAAUUGUGUAUUUUUGUGGACAUUUUUUUCCGUUUUAAUUAAAAAACAAAUGGAUAUGCAAACAUUUCUGUCAGCCGCCAUUCCAGCUACGCGGCUGUGACCACCAACAACACAAAGAAAACUACAAAUUUCAAAACACAAUUACAAUUGAAUGAUAAUAUUUAAACAAAAAAAAUCUUCUCUUUUUCUUUUUAUU